AUGUCCGAAGUUCAAGGAGAUGCAGAGGUCGUGUCAACAGGGCCCGAGCUGGAGUAUCCUGCGUUGGCACCGCGACAGGUAACACUCCGAGACCGAGUGACGGUGGCGACGUUGGUACCGUUCGCCUCGGCGGACGAUGUACCCCGGCUGCUGUUGAAGUAUCUCUCGGAUCAAUUCAACAAAGAAAUUGAAAAAGGUGACACUUAUGCCAUGACCGAGCCAAUUCCGCUAGCUCAAUUCGGGAGGUAUUGGUUCUCGAGCUUUGGUGUGGUCAUGUUGCUGGGUGAUAUCCAGAGUGCCGAGCAGACACAUUCUAUGGACCGGGCCGGUGCCAAUUGGACCAAGAUCUGCUUGGGAGGCUUUCACAUUCGACCCAACUACCCCGGGCGAAGUAGCCAUGUUUGCAACGGCACAUUCAUUGUCACGGAUGCUGCUCGAAACAAGGGUGUCGGUAGAUUGAUGGGCGAGUCAUACUUGGAGUGGGCUCCUCGACUGGGCUACACCUAUGCUGUCUUCAACUUGGUCUAUGAGACCAACGUUGCCUCCUGCCGUCUCUGGGAUUCUCUGGGUUUCAAGCGAAUCGGAAGAGUCCCUGGCGGAGGCCAAUUAAAGUCCCAGCCUGGUGAAUUUGUAGAUGCAAUAAUCUACGGCCGUGGUCUAAGUCUAGAUGGCGAGGACUCGGUAUCACAAGACCGUUUUGAGAAAAUUCGAUACUAUCUUAAACACUCGAAAUACCCUCGCGGUGCUGAUCGAGCCGAGAAGAGUCGACUCCGCAGUGCCGCAACUCAUUACAAGUUGACCGGCGGAGAAGACGGUGAGCCCGAGAGGCUCAUGUUGAAAGAUAAAGAAGUCGUGUCGGAUCCUCAACAACAAUAUGAGAUUGCCAAAGAGGUCCAUCUGAAGCAGCAUGCCGGAAUUAACAAGACCACGGCAGCCAUCGCCGUCAAAUACCACUGGGUUCGCAUCAAGGAGACUGUCAAUCGAGUCAUCCGAGAUUGCCCGCAGUGCAAAGAGACUCUCAAGCUACCUCCGAUCCCUGGAACUAAAGAGGAAGACACAUCACCUUCGGUCGAGGUGUCCGACUCGGUCGAUCAUAGUAUGGGAGAUGACCACACGAAGGAGCCUACAGAUCUCUCGCACGAGAUGGAUGAGGCACCCGACGAGUCUCCUGCCCACAACCCAUUCAUGAACCCGCAAGUACCUGCAACUGUUCCUGGAGCGGUGCACCACAUGGCAAACUUCAACCAAAUGCCUCUGGACCCUCAAAUCAUGCUCCAGCAACAAGUUCGCCGCCAGCAGCAGCAACACCACCACCAACAACAGCAGCAACAGACUGCUAUGGCGGGUGCUUUUGCUCCGGCUCCGCAUAUGAACAUGACCAACUUUGACGACUUAAUGCGCUACCACACGGCCAACAACGCUUAUCAGAUGAUGGUUGACGAUGGCUCCGACCCUUUUCGACAGGAGGUGUUGGGAUUGAUGAACCCGCCCUCCCAUGACUUGCAGCACGACGCAGACCUACUCGCUAAGUACGAGUAUGGAAGCCCGUCGGACGGCAAUUACGACUUCACUUAG